AUGCCGGGCAAGACUUCCACCCCGCGUAUUACCAAGCUCACCAACUGUCGCCUGGUGCGGGGUUCGACCUUGGUCGAGCAAGACCUUUGGAUUGAUUCAUUGACUGGCAAGAUUCUGAAGGAUCAAGAAGCCUUCUAUGGAUUGCAUCUGUCCCCCGAUGAGAUCAUCGACCUCGGCGGCCGUAUUGUCGCCCCGGGUAUGAUCGAUGUCCAGUUGAACGGUGCCCAUGGUUUUGAUUUUUCUGUACCUUGUGAGACAAAAGAGAAAUACGAUGAGGGUUUGCGCAUGGUCAACCGGGGAUUGGCCCAAACAGGUGUCACUUCUUAUUUGCCGACUGUCGUGAGCUCCACCCCCGAGGUAUACUGGAAGGUCCUCCCCUCCCUGGGCCCAACAGCAGCAACCCACCAGCCCGAGGACGGCGCCGAGUCGCUCGGCGCCCAUGCCGAAGGGCCUUUUAUCAGCCCGGGCCGCAAUGGUAUUCACAAGUCUGAAGUGCUGCGUGCCGCGCAAACCUUUGAGGACUUGCUGCACUGCUACGGCGCCGACAACAUGACCAGUGCAAACCCAAUUAAGAUGAUCACGGCCGCACCAGAAGUUGGCAACAUGAUGGCUCAUAUUCCCGAAAUUGCCAAGCGCAACAUCAUCUACUCAAUCGGCCAUUCCGAUGCAACCUAUGAGGAGGCCGUGGAAGCCACACACCAAGGGGCUCGCAUGAUUACUCACCUAUUCAACGCUAUGCGGCCCUUUUACCACCGCAACCCAGGUAUCUUCGGGUUGCUAGGACAGAGUGAGCGUCGCAGGCCAUUCUACGGUGUUAUUGCAGAUGGCAUUCAUUUGCAUCCCACUUCCAUCAAGAUCGCGUACAAUGCACACCCGGAUGGCCUGAUCCUGGUUACCGAUGCUAUGCGUCUUUGCGGUCUACCGGACGGUGUAUAUGAGUGGACGAAUGGUGAUCGAAUUGUUAAGACCGGUGCGCGGCUGACGCUCGAGGGCUCUGACAAGAUUGCUGGGUCUUCAGCCACGCUUAUCGAGUGUGUUAAUAACUUCCGUCGCUGGUCGGGUGCGUCGACGGCCGCGGCUAUUAAUGCCGUUACUGCUGUGCCGGCACGUCUCCUGGGCUUGGAGGGUGUCAAGGGAUCACUGGACAGCGGUGCUGAUGCCGAUCUCAUCGUGCUAGGUGAAAGUGACGAUCCAUUAUCUGGGCCUACCUUAACGGUUGACCAGGUGUGGAAGUUGGGUGCCAAGAUUCACGAUACUGACAAGGCUGCCACUGUGGCGGUAUGA